CUCGAAGUGUUGUGUUUUUCCGUUUGCCUUAAAGGAACAUCUGCCACCCAUAGUCGCACGGAAGCUCGAGCCUCUCAUGUCCUUCGAUGAGGAGGGGGAAGACCUCACGCAUAGCUCUAUGUACGCUUUCGCCACCGCCGUCUCCACGGGGCUGGAUGUCACCGACGGCCCGAAUUUUUGUCGCGGAGAGCUCGCUUUUGAGCGACGAGUGUCCAUGUCUCUCGUCCGAUUUUUUCCUCUGGGAGAGAAGGGCUUUACAGACUUCUCGUGCGUAUACAGCGUUUCGCGUUUCUCCAUUCAACAGCUCCCGUGUCACGAAUCUAAUUCUCUCUGUGGUGCUCUUUGUGUACAGCAACGUCAAUCUGCCGCUCCCAAGAACAGUCGCCAUUGAAUCGACGCUGCCCAAACCGGAUUUUAUUGCUGCUGUUGAAGGAUCAGCUUUUCCAGGCGCAACCAUCCAGACGUCGCUCUUCGCGGUUCCGGUGUUUCUCCUGGAAUGCAAAGACCUGGGUGCUGGCGACGCGGUACCUCAGCUGGCCUGUGUUGCAAAGCCAACCCUGGAUCUCUAUCGGAUAAUGGGCGUGCCAGACAAUCAACUGUAUAUCUUCGCAGCCUCGAUCGUAGGAGACGUUGUGGAGCUUCACGUUUUUGACAUGGUUCGCCCUGAUGCGACUGCGGACGUUGUCUACCGACACCGUCGUCUCAUGCAAUCCAACACACAACUGCUCGAGGAUCGGUUGGCCCUCGCCAACGCAAUGGUCGCGAUUGCGGCGGACGCUGUCAUCAAGCGGCAGGAGCUGAUCAAGCAACAGAUACCCGCCAUUCUUACCGCGGCCGCAGAGAACGAAUCCCGCUUCGAGGAGGAACGGGAGGACGACGACGAUGACGAGGAUGUGUAUGCCGGCGAGGUCAACGAGCUGAAGGCCCCUCGCGCCCGCCAUGAAAGCCCGCAAACUCUCGUUGAUACCCUCGAAACUCGAUAUGGGUCCACUUUCUGAGAUCUGACAGGAAACAGGAGAUGAGGUACCUUCGAACGGCCCGGACUCUUGCACAUCGAUCCGGGACGGCGACACAUCGGAAGAACGUCGGUUGGGGGCGUUGGGGGAGAGCUUGUGAAUCAGGGGUGGAUAGAAAUCGCUCUUUCGUUCUUGUCGCUCUUCCUAUGAUUGAAUCACGUAUUUUGAAUCCCAUAUGUUCUCAUGCAAGGAGUUUGCUGCUCUAUCCUUGCGAUCAAGGGG